UACACAACCCCUUUGUGCUGCCUUGGGGCCUUUGAGUGCUUGUUGUGGGAUCAUAGGAAGUCAUGGAAAGAAGCUGCAGAUCAGGCUACAACAUGAUGAGAGUUUGCUUUUUACUACUUCUCUAUAUAACUAUUGCAGCCUGCAUUUUCUUCACUCAUUGUGAAGCAAGAAGAUCAGUGCAACAAUCCAGACUUCCAAGACAUCCCAGAAGUACUCCAAUCAUCAAAACCACAAAGAAGUUGAAAGUUAGAAGAAAGUUGGGCAUUCUUGACCCCUUGCUGAAUUCUUUAAGCACCCAAACCUACAGUUUGAGUUCACCAUUUUCUUUGCCACCAUUUGAGUCCCUAGGUCCAAUGCCCAUGCCUGAAAAUGCUCCUCCUUCUCCAUAUUGCCUUUAUCCACCCAAUACCCCACAACCUCCUUCUACAGCCAUUCCAGGCCCUGUAGGAUACACACCCUCACCACCAUUCUAUCUCCCACCAGCUCUUCCAAUCUCACCUCCAAGCCCAACCACCACCAUUCCAGGCCCACCUACAACUCUUCCUGGCCCACCAGAAGUUGUACCUAGUCCCUUUGUAUACAUUCCAACCCCACCCGGGUACACGUUCAGCCCACCUUACUAUGAGCCCAGCCCGCCAAGCUACGUCCCAAGCCCACCUUCGUAUGUUCCAUCUCCUAGUACUGGGUUUGUUCCAAGCCCACCUUCGUAUGUUCCGUCUCCUACUAUUUUUGUUCCGAGCCCACCGGUGUUUGAACCACCGGUGGUGUUUCCGCCACCGACCGUGCCGCCACCUCCGAACAAGGCCCCAAACACAGCCCUUUGGUGUGUGGCUAAGCCAUCAGUGCCUGACCCAAUCAUUCAGGAAGCAAUGGACUAUGCUUGUUGGUCUGGAGCUGAUUGCGCUUCAAUUCAGCCCGAUGGGUCCUGCUUUCACCCCAACACUUUGUUUGCACACGCUUCAUUCGCUUUCAAUAGCUACUGGCAGAGGACCAGAGUGGCUGGUGGCACGUGCGAGUUCGGUGGGACAGCCAUGCUCGUCACAGUUGAUCCAAGCUAUGAUGGAUGCCACUUUGACUACUACUAAUACUUUUCAAGAUAGAAGAGAUGGCAGGAAGACAGAUCUG